AGGAAGUGAAACUCAGACAGUCGUUGUGACUGAGAGGUGAAAUGGCGCAGAAAGGAGCUCAGCAGGAUCGAGAAAUCUUCUCUUGUCCGAUCUGUCUGGAUCUACUGAAGGAUCCGGUGACUACUACAUGUGGACACAGCUACUGUAUGAACUGUAUUAAAAGCUUCUGGGAUGGAGAGGAUGAGAAGGAAACCCACAGCUGCCCUCAGUGCAGACAGACGUUCACUCCGAGGCCUGUCCUGCUGAAAAACACCAUAUUAGCAGUUUUAGUGGAUGAUCUGAAGAAGACCGGACUCCCAGCUGCUCCUGCUGAUCUCUGCUAUGCUGGAGCUGAAGAUGUGGCCUGUGAUGUCUGCACUGGGAGAAAACUGAAAGCCUUCAAGUCCUGUCUCACCUGUCUGGUCUCUUACUGUGAGCAACACCUCCAGCGUCAUUAUGAUGUCCCUCAGUUAUCAAAACACAAGCUGGUGGAGCCCUCCAAGAAGCUGCAGGAGAACAUCUGCCCUCAGCACGAUGAGGUGAUAAAGAUGUUCUGCCGAACCGAUCAGAAGUCUAUCUGUUAUCUCUGCUCUGUGGACCAACAUAAAGGCCACGACACGGUCUCAGCUGCAGCAGAACGGACGGAGAAGCAGAAAGAGCUGGAGGUGAGUCGACAAAACAUCCAGCAGAGAAUCCAGGACAGAGAGAAAGAUGUGAAUCUCCUUCAACAGGAGGUGCAGAACAUCAAUCGCUCCGCUGAUAAAACAGUGGAGGACGGUGAGAAGAUGUUCACUGAGCUGAUCCGUCUCUUGGAGAAAAGAAGCUCUGAGGUGAAGCAGCAGGUCAGAUCCCAGCAGGAAACUGAAGUGAGUCGAGUCAGAGAGGUGGAGGAGAAGCUGCAGCAGGAGAUCAGAGAGCUGAAGAGGAAAGACGCUGAACUGAAGAAACUCUCACACACAGAGGACCACAACCAGUUUCUCCACAGCUACCCCUCACUGUCAGCACUCAGUGAGUCCACAUCCAGCAUGGAGAUCUGUCCUCUGAGCUACUUUGAGGACGUGACAGCGGCCGUGUCACGAGUCAGAGACAAACUGCAGGACGUCCUGAGAGACGAAUGGACAGACGUCUCACUGACUGAAGUGGAUGUUUUACUGUCAGAUUCACCAGCAGAGCCCAGGACCAGAGCUGGAUUCUUAAAAUAUUCACGUGAGAUCACACUGGAUCCAAACACAGCAAACACAAAGCUGUUAUUAUCUGAGGGGAACAGGAAAGUAACAUUCAUGAGGGAUAAACAGUCAUAUCCAAGUCACCCAGACAGAUUCACUACAUAUACUCAGGUCCUGAGUAGAGAGAGUCUGACUGGACGAUGUUACUGGGAGGUGGAGUGGAGAGGGGAUGUAGUUCGUGUAGCAGCUUCAUACAAGAAUAUCAGCAGAGGGGAGUUUAAUGACUCUGUAUUUGGUUACAAUGACAAAUCUUGGGCAUUUUCAUCUUACAACAACGAAUAUACAUUUUGGUACAACAACAUCAAAACUCCCGUCUCAGAUCCUCAGUCCUCCAGAGUGGGAGUGUUCCUGGAUCACAGAGCAGGUAUUCUGUCCUUCUACAGCGUCUCUGAAACCAUGACCCUCCUCCACAGAGUCCAGACCUUGUUCACUCAGCCGCUCUAUGCUGGACUUAAGGUUGGUUACGGAGAUGGAGACACUGCUGAGUUCUGUAAACUCAAAUAACCAAAGGGACAGCAGGUAAAAAUGUGUUUUCACACUUAAAGCUCCCAUUUUGUUCACCUUUGUGGUGUUUUAUUUGUUUUUAUAUCUAUAAGAUGAUAAAUUUGUAGUUUUAUGUGCUAAAACCACCUGAGUUCAGUUGUACAUCUGCUCUCUCAGCCUCCCUCUGCAGCUCCAGCAACUCAGAUCAUUUUGGGCCUGUCUCAUUAAUAUUCAAGGCCCUUUCCUUUGAUCCUUUUGAUUGGCCAGUCUAACCACAGUUAACGGUUUGCAGCCUCGGUAAAAUUCACCGGGGAAUGCAAAAAGACGAUGGCCAUCGCUGAGGAAGAUAUUCUCAGACUUUACAUGUUAGAGCUGGAGUCAGAGCCUGAUGAUGCUUCAUUAACAUGAAAUAUAUUACUGGUUCACUUAUGGCAGGGGCCUCAAACUCAAAUUACCUGGGGGCCGCUAGAGGCAGUAUCAAAAUUACCAAAAAAAGAUACAAAAUUAUUAAAAAAAGACACAAAAUGACAGAAAAUACACUAAAUUACUUUAAAAAAGACACAAAAUGAUCAAAAAAAGACACAACAUUACUAAAAAAGACACAAAAUGACAGUAAAUGACCAAAAAAGACACAAAAUGGACAAAAUAAAGACACAAAAUUACUAACAAAAAGGCACAAAAUAACUGAAAAAGACACAAAAUAACUAAAGAAGACACAAAAUGACGAAAUUACUUAAAAAAGAAACCAAAUGACGAAAAAAAGACACAAAAUGGACAAAAUAAAGACACAAAAUUACUAAAAAGACACAAAAUGACAGAAAAUAAACUAAAUUACUUUAGAAAAGACACAAAAUGACCAAAAAAAGACACAAAAUUACUAAAAAAAGAUACAAAACGACAGAAAAAACUAAACUACUUAAAAAAAGACACAAAAUGGACAAAAGAAAGACAUAAAAUGACAAAAAAGAGACACAAAAUUACAAAAAAAGACACAAAAUAUCAAAAAAGACACAAAAUGACCCAAAAAAGACAUAUAAUUACCAAAACAAGACACAAUUAUUAUUAAGAAAAGACUCAAAAUUAUCAAAAAAAGACACAAAAUUACCAAUUUUUAUUGUGCAUUGUUUUUAUUCUGAUAUUUGAAAUUAAAAUUUAUGCAAUGAUAUAUUGGCUUCCUGAGAUUCAAUGAUUGAGCAUUUUAAUAAUUUCACAAUAUUUUUUUUGCAGCUACCGCUGCUUUAUAAUCACAGAAGCCUUGUAAACUGUGUUUUCUACAAUAUGGGACCUUUAAACUAACUUCUUUCCAUGUUUGUUGCUGAGAGCUCAUCGUUGUGGCAUUUCUUCUCUGCAGAGAUCAGCUGUCAAUCAAACAUUAUGGGCGGGGCUUUGACAUCUGCUCAUUAGUUGUUGUGUAGAUGUUUGACUUUCCUUCCUGUGUCUGUUGAGCCACGGAGGCUUUCACUGCUCAUGAUGACUGUUGUUCACCUCAACUCAUAUUUCUCUGCAGGAAAAUGUACAUUUCUCUGAGCUCCAAAUGUUUGUGGAAUAUUUGUAUGUUGUUGUUUUUCUUUUCCUGCAUGGCUCUUAAGAGAGAAAGCUCCAGAUAUUCUAAGAAAAUGUGUAAAAGAAAUCCUUAAUCAUAUCUACAUUUAUGUGUUUGUUAGACCAAAUGUUGUUGUUGGAAUGAGGCUCUAUGAUGUAAUAUAAAACUAUAAUUAUCAUAAUCAAUAAGGAAAUCAUUCAUUAUUCUCUUGUAUAUGGCUGAGAUUCUGGUCAAACUAACAAUCAUUUAACAGACUUUACUGACGGGAUGUGUCAACAAACUGAUUUCAUAAUUAAUAAACAA